UGACGGUUACAACACAAAACGCAGCUUAAAGAAGUUUACUCUGAGGGAAUAUUGGUGUCUACAGGCUUCUUAAAAUCUAGAAGAGUAAGUGCGAUUUUUCUCCUGGAAAGCUUUUAUAGACAGUUUAAACUGCAGCCAAGUAAGGAGCUAACGAACAGGUUAGUGUUAGAGGCUCUUCCUCGACAUACUCAGGCCUCUAUCCAGGAGUGUUGGAUUAAUUUCCUCAGAGGCUCUUCCUUGUCAUUUUCUGUGUAGUUUUUUUUGCUUCAAUGGCAGCCUUGUCAGUGGUGUGGAUACCCCUGCUGUUCCUGCUGCAGCUGGCCCACUGCUCUGUCAUCUACAGACAUGCUCCAGGAGAUCCAGUGUUGGUGGACGGGCAGGCAGCAAACUCCUUCCUGUCCCGCUCGCUGCUCUAUAACAGCUGGGACUUUGAGAUAGUAGUGACUGACAAUCUGGAGAGGGAGUGCGCGGAGGAGAUGUGCAGCUAUGAGGAGGCCAGAGAGGUGUUUGAGGACAAAGUCCAGACGGAUUUAUUUUGGAACAACUAUGUCAACAGUGGAGGGAAUGCACCCGGAGUGGACGUGUCAGGGCUGGUGGCAGGGAUCCUGGCUGUCCUAGUCCUCGCUGUUAUUGCCACUGUGCUGGGAAUCUACUGCUACAAAGCCAAGAACAAAGGCGGACAGAGGGUUCCAGCGAGGAUGCCAGUAGACGGACGUCCAGCCCCAGAGAUGGUGCCCCUGUCUGGUAUCAUUGCCCCAGGUCUACCCAGCUACAAUGAGGCUCUGAACCACAGUGGGCAACACGAUGCCCCGCCACCACCUUAUUCAGGGGGUGCGCCAUCAGAACCCGCUGAUCCUGGAGACAACGAAUGAGAGGGCUGGCAGAGCCUCUUCAUUAUGCUUAAUGGGCACUGGUGGUUCGAGUGAACUUUGGAAUAUUCCAUGUUUUUUCAUAUACUGUAUUUAUAAGUGAAGUUAGGACACAACCCCACAAUGGACACCACUGAUCUGCAUAUCGGCUGGCCAGUUGUCUGUCCACUACACAUGUGAUGCUUUAAAGUGGGUACAGCUGAGGGUGUGGUUCAUUUCUGUGGUUGCACUGUACACCAAACUGUUGUGCUUGUACGGUAUUUUUGAGCAGAGCAACAAAAGGCACUAAAUUCAUGGAAAUAUUGAUUCUUCAAGAAACCCACCUAUGUUUUAUAUAAUAAAUUACAC